AGUUGUGAAAAUUAUAUAAAAGUAGUUUCUACUAUAUUGAAGCAAAUAUUAAACAAUUGCAUAACAUUACAAAUACUAAUUUAUUUUUUGUUUUUUUCUUUUUUUUUUUGUACGUGUCGUAUAUAAGACAAAUAUUUCGUAUUGUGAAAAGUAAGAUAUUUUUCUAAAAAUAUUACAAAAAAAUAAUAAAAACACUGAUUUGAGGAUUAAGCUUUGACGAUGUGUGAUACAACAAACGAUGAAAAUAAUCUCUUGACUUCGUACGUAAAAUGGUCUAAAAGGUGCAUGUAUUGUGAUGUUAUAAGUGUGUUUAUUCUUAUCUGAUAUUUUUGUUUUUUUGCAAAUUAUUAUUACUAUUAUUAUUAUUGUUAUUAUUAUUAUUAUCAUCAUCAUCAUCAUCAUUCAUUCAUCGAAUCUUUUUUUUCAUUGAGUUAUUGAUUUAAGUUAUUAACUUGUGAAGUAUAGAAGAAAAAAUGAGAACAAAUCCAUGCACAUAGGCUCACCAAAUUCCAUCAACGUGUUUUGCAGAUUCGGCAAAAUUUUUGCAAUAUGAGAUGUGGUGAAGAAGAAAGUGAAGAAAUAAAAGAGAUAAAGGCAACGUGCUCAAAAUGUAGUAAUGAUAAUAAAGAGGGCACUUAUAAUUUUUCUCACAUACAAGAUCUAUGCCCUGCUGAUAGAAAGCGUAUAUCAUUAUUAAUCAAACAUUUGGCAAAAUGCACUCGUGAGAUGCAUGAAAUUAAAUCUAAUUUAGCCGUGAGCGAAUCUGAAAAAAAAGCUUUGCUGGAAGAAUAUAAAAUAUUUCUUAAUCGUCAUAAAUGUGAAAAAAAGCAAUUAGAAUAUGAACUAUCCGAAGCUAAGACAAAAAGAACAAGUUUAAGGAUACAAAUUAUACAAGCACUUGAAUUGUUAACAUGUCAAUUGUUAGCACAAGAAAAACAAUUUAUGAAUCUAGUAGAAAAUGUAAGAGAUCUUUUAUGUGAGAAAGUUAUUAUCCAUGAGAUUCUUAGUCAAAAGGAGAUAGAGAAAAGUAAUCUCAUAGGAAAAAUUCAAAGAUUAAAAGAAUCUCUUAGAUUAGAAAAAUUAUUGCAUUCCAAAGAUCUUGCUCAAAAUCUUCUUAAAAAUAAAAUGAUCGAUAAAGCCUCUCAAACGACAGAUGAUCUCAAUCAUUUGUAUACAAAAUGUAAUAUCAGAAAAUAUAAUUUUAAUGCCACUAAUAUAGAACUGAAUCUAAAACAUUCUCAAAAUAUAAAAACUAAGAGUAAGAACGAUUUGGAAGAACUUACUAGCGACGGAACACUGAUGCGUGAUCUAUUUUUUAGAGUACCAAACGUUGAGGAUAAUGAAAGUUUAUAUCUUAUGCCAACAUUAUCAAAAGAGUUUAAUCAGACCAAGUCGUCUUCCACUUCUUUUGUAUUCAAUUAAGUAUAUAUAACAGAUGUAAAAAAAAAAAAUAAUACAUAUGACAUUAAAUAUAUGGUUUAUAAAGGAUAUCUAAAAAAUGUAUGGUAUAUAUAAGUAAAAAUAAAUCGUUUAAUACUUAAUACAUUGAAUACUGAUAUCAAUUUAAAUCUUUUCAUAUACUAAUAAUGUGUACAUUUUAAAAUUUAAGCAUUACUGGAAUAAUCUAACUACUACAAAAUUUUAGUAAUACUAUGAAUGAAUUGGUCAAAGAGUUUAUAUAUAAUUUAAAAAAUUUCAUAUAAUAGUAUUUAAAUGUCUCUUGAAUAUAUAUAUAUAUAUACACAUUCAUAUGACAUUUUAGACCAGAUUUUUAGAAAUAAUAAUAAUAAUAAUAAUAAUAAAAUAUAACAGUAUUUUAAAAUCCACACAUUUACAUUCAUCUCCAUACAAACAUUUCACGCUCACACAUACAAUGUAUGUAGGAAUCGUAAGUCAUUUCCAAUAUAACAAAUUAUAAUUCAUCUCGACAAUUUAAUAAAUUUCUCUUACUUUACGUAUUGCAGUCUAUGGCCAUUAAAACACAUUUAAUGAUAUUUCAUUGUAAUCUAUAAAUACAUUAUUAUAUAAUACGCACAUAAUAACAAAAUAUAAGCACACAUAGUAUGGAUGUUUAAUAAUUAUACCUUUUAUCGCAUAUGUUCUUAUAUCAUAAGGCACUUUUCUUUAAAUAUUAAAGAAAUAAAGAUAGAGAAAAAAAUGGGACAAACUAAUUCUUUCAGAAAGUAUAAUAAUUAUUGAAAUACUAUUUUAAAUUCCUAUUUUAUAAAAUCAUUCGGUGUAAAUUAUUGCUAUAAAAGCACUUACUAUAGAGGGACCUAUGUCAGAUGAUAAAUAUUUUUAUAUGAACAAAUAAAAAGAAUUAUCAUUUAUACGAACUUAAAUUUUCAAAUAAAUGUAUACUUUCAUUUAUAUUGCAUGUAAUAUCAUUUCCUGUAAUAAUAUGGAAAGUGCAUAAAUAAAAGAAUAUUAUCUACUAUUGUUUUACAUAUAUAUACAUGUGUGUGUGUGUAUGCAUGUGUAUGCGCGCGCGCGCGAUAUAUAAAAAAAAUAUAGUCGAUUCAAAUUUUCUAAGGAAUCAUUACUGAAGAUUUCACUAUAAUUAUAUAUACUAAUUUAAAAGAAAAAUGAAAUAUAAAAAAUACAAUAUUAACGCAUUUACCAUAUAAUAUGUAUUUAUCGAUAUCUUUGUAUUUUAAUACCUGGAGAUAUCUGCUUUGUUUAAGAGCAUAAGUCAGAGAACUUUAAUACAUCAUAAUAUUGUUCCAUUCUCUAUAACAUUUUUUAAUAAAAGAUUUAUAGAGUAUAUAACUCUAAAAUUAUUAAGAGUUCGUCAUUAAUGAAUUUAUAAAAAUAUAAUUCAGUUAUCAAUAUAUGUUUUAACAAAAUUUAAUAGCUUACAUAGUAGCUUAAUGAUCAUUCUUUGUAAUACAUUAUUAUUAACAAACAUAUAACGUUUGCUAAGAAAAAAGAAUACACAUAUAUAUAUAUAUAGCCCUUUCUAUCAUUCUUUUUUUUUAAACUAUGGAAGUAUACAGA